UAAAUGUGUGCGUGUUAACGUCAUUUACCAUCGUGGUGGCUUUCACAUAUAUUCACAGACAACACUAUACACAAAAGGGUUUUGGUGGGAAAGACGGACGAAAGUUUCUAGUCUUGGUAUUUUUUGUUUGUGGACGCACCCCUAAGCCCUAAGUUCAAAUUGAAUGUCUUGAACUUCGUGAAUGUAGCUUUUAAAAUUUGACCAUAUUAAAUUAAGAUAAUAUGAUUCCUAAAAAGAUGCCCGUCAAAGACUCGCACAUAGUAAAAAUAGCAGUUGAAUUUCCCGAUCAUGUAGCACAACUUAUCAAUUUAGACCAAAGACAGCCACUCACAGGAAAAAUUCAAGAGCUUUGUAAUAAUUGGGGUAUAACCGAUGCUGAAAAUUAUGCGCUCCAAUUUUGUGAGUUAAACAAUCAUCGAUUUGUUACUGAAAAAAACCGCACAGAAAUUAAAAAUGGGUCUGUUCUUCGCUUGCAGUUGUCGCCAUCAAAAAAAGCUUAUGACAUUCUUCAAUGUCUCAAACCUGAUUCAAAAACAGAUAAAGUUAAAUGUCUUAAAGAACUCUCUGCGCUUAGCGUUGAUCUAACGUUUGCCAUGGAAUUUAUAAAAGAACAAGGUCUUACAAUUUUAAUAUCUAUGAUUGAAGAUUCCACCAAUGAAGAUGAAGGGCUGAAAUAUAGUUUAGCAAGUUUUGUGGAAUUAAUGGAGCAUGGUAUUGUUUCGUGGGAAAUUUUACAAGUUCCCUUUAUAACAAAGAACAUAUUAAUAGUAUGCGAUUUUAAAAACUACUCAAAAGAAUGCGUUGAAAGAGCACUAUCAAUUUUGGAAAACAUUGUUCAAAAUAGCGGGAAAUAUGUUCAAGUCGAAAAUGAUGUCACUUUGGAAAAUGUUCUUCGUCUUUUGCAAGAUUCAAAUUCAUUGAUUAUUCGUCAAAAUACAAUUGCUCUAAUAAAUGCUCUAUUUAUGAAGGCAGAUGAUGCUCGCAAGCGUCAAAUAGCAUUGACUCUUAGCAAAAAGCAAUAUCGUACGGUGCUGAUUGCUGAUAUUACAGGUUCUGAAAUUCAACAUCAGCUUUAUAUUUUGCAAACCCUUACACUAGGCUUGUUGGAGAACCGCAUGCGAUUAAAACUAAACCCACAAGAUCAAGAUGCGUAUGAUAAAAUUAAAGAACUGAAAAAAAUAGCGUUUGACGACUACCCCAUUGGAGCUGGAAUAAUAGAAGAUCAGCGUCGUGGAGUAAAUGUCAAUUUUUCACAGUAUUACAAGAAACUGGGAUUUAAUUGCGAUGUUAACCCAGCCCAAGAUUUCACAGAAACUCCACCGGGUAUUUUGGCUUUAGAUUGUAUGGUGUAUUUCGCUCGCAAUUAUACUCAACAGUAUACCAAAGUUGUUCAUGAAAACACAUGUCGCGCAUAUGAGCACGAGUGUCCAUUUGGGAGAACUUCAAUCGAUUUGGUUAAGAUGUUAUGCGAAUUUCUAAGGAUUGGAGAACCCCCAUCUGAGCAAUCAAUGGGAUUUCACCCAAUGCUUUUCGGCCAUGACCAUCCAUUUGAGGAAUUCUUUUGUAUUUGCAUUAUAACUCUCAAUCGAACCUGGAAAGAUAUGCGCGCAACUGCUGAGGACUUCCAAAAAGUAUUAAGCGUAGUGCGCGAACAGAUUAAUAGAACACUUAAAGUUCGACCUGAAAAUCUAGAAGAUUUCCGAUUUAAAAUAGGGCAACUUAACUAUCAGGCAAUCACCAAUUUAAGGCAACAAGAACGUAAUUCAAAAGAAGAAUGUGAAUCUACAGCAUCAGCAAUAGUUAAACUAAAGAAUAAAAUCAGUCCCGAUGUCAUUCAUCUUAUAAAACAACAACGUUUGACGUUCCUUGUGGAAGGAACUCGUUUUUCCAAAUAUUCCCGGGGUGUUCGUAGCAAAGACAAGUUCUGGUAUGCAAGGCUGUCGCCAAAUCACAAAGUUUUUCAUUAUGGUGACUGCGACGAAAAAGCCAUUCCAACUCUGGAAGAUCUGACAAAUAAAGUUUUAGUAAUAGACAUAAAGCAGUUACUUAUUGGGAAGGAAUGUCCACACAUGAAAGAGAUGCGAGCUAGAAAAUCAGCAGCAAAUUUAGGGUUUUCAAUUACGUUUGAUAAUAUGGAUCAUUCAACACUUGAUUUUGUUGCUCCUGAAGAACUUAUAUUUAACUAUUGGACAGAUGGCAUAAAUGCCUUACUCGGGCAGGAAAUGACUAGUAAGCAAAAGGAGGAAGACUUCGAAAUUUUGCUUUCUAUGAAAAUUAAACUCAGGUUACUUGAUACUGAGGGUGUAGAUAUAAGCAAUGGACACCCUGUUAUACCAGAAGAUCCUCCAAAUUACGAUUUUUGUUUUGAAAAUUAAAUUUUAUUACUGAAUACAGUCAAACUUUUUUAUAACAAAAUUCUUUCUAUACCGAAUGUCAUUUAAUGGAUGAAUUCAUUAACGCAUCAGAAAAUUGCAUAAGGUAAGGUAGUGUUUUCUUUCCAUACAAAAAGUUGUGAUGCGUUUGUGAAUUCAGCCAAUAUCCUAUUCCCUUAAAAUAUAUCCCAUAUAAAUUAGAACAUUUUUAACGAAUUUCUUUUUAGCGAAAUUCUAUUUAUAAGCAACAAAAUUGUUUCUUUAUAAAUAAAUGCCAAAUUUCAAAUUUAGUUGCUAAACUACGAUUUAUUUUGAUAACGAUUUUUAAAUGUUAAUUUUUGGUGGGAACAGAUCAUAGUUUGGAGUUCGCAUUUUAAACAGUACGUGAUAUGUUAUUAAACAAAUGUCGAAGAGCGAAUGCAUAAAAAUGAUGACUUAUGUUUGUCAAAUAAUUUUGUAUUUUGGGUUGAAAAAUAAAAAAAAACACUAGAUGACAGCAGAAUUCGAACAGGAUUCGAACCCCGGUGUGUAUUGCGCACUGAAUCAAUCACAUUAUUGAAGUAAUGCAGCUCCUUAACCGCUCGGCCAACUCAUCAUGUCUGGGCGCGCUGGCUGGUUUUUAAUGUCAAAUUAAUUUCGAAAAUGAUUAAAGCAUUUGAAUAUUAGUAAGAUUUGUUCGGUGAACAAAAAAGUUCGUGGGAGAUUCGCAAUAGGAAAAUUAUCUUCCAGGGUUAUUUUUUUUCCGGUGAAAAAAAGUUUUCAUUAAGUUGGCGAUAGGACUGAUGAAUCAAUCAUUGAAAAAAGUUAAAAAAAAGGAAAAGAAAAAAAAUAUGGCAAAAAAGUUGGUGUUUCUUUCACACAAUUUUCUUUCGACAAUUUAAAAAAAAUGAAGCUAACAUUUUAGAGUUUGCGGAAGCAAGCUAAAAUAGAAACUAAUGUCGUUUUCUUUCACUAUUUUAAGGAGUACUCUUAAUUUUUACUCCUUUUUUUGGAGUGAUAGAACAUGACAAGAGUAAUUUUUUUUUGUAAUUGUUUGUGUGACAAGGCAAAAAUGGAUAAUUUCCUUGAAGAAAAUAGUGAUAACAGGCCUAGGGAAAAAAUUUUAUGAAUUGAAAAAAAAAUUAAUAUUAAUAACAUAUCGUCGCCCGAGAAUUGUUUUGUCGUAAACGCCAAUUUUGGAAUUUAAGGAAAUCGCAUUUGAGCUUAUAUAAAAAAUAAACCGGCCUAUAGAUUUUUUUCAAUUUUAAUAGAAUAUUUUGUGCGAUAUCUUCUUCUUAUUUAUGUUGUUAAAAUUGUCUUAUCUGGUUUGUUUUUUAAAUUAUCAUUACGUUACUACACGUACGACAAAGUAAGCGCACGUACGACAUUCUAAUAUUAAGACUCUAUUUUUGCCAGCUGGCAAAGUAAUGGCCCCACCUUACAAAACCAUAUUAAAAUGGACUUAAGAUUAAUAAGGGUGCUUUCAUAAAUGCAUGGUUGCGCAAAUCUGACGAAUGCAAAGCUUUCAUUAAUGCAAAUGACAAAUGUCAGGUGUUCAUAAAUGUAAAACGCAAAUAUUUGCAGCGCAAAUGUGCAAAUGAAAAAAUUCCCAUGCGCAAUGAAUUUAAACUUGAAGAAAGAAGGAACAUGACGUAAAAAAUGAUACAGCUUUCCUUUAUUUUUCAAUUUUGUCAAAAUAUUGAUUGGAAAUUCAAAGUUCAAGUCAAAAUAACGCGAAUUUCUUGGAUAUAAUAAAUUUGUAAAUAUUUAGAGAAAUGUUAAAAAAAAGUUUUUUUUUUCUUCUUAAAGGAUGGAAUUAAGGUAUGUUUGUUUUGGAGAAGAGGCUGAAUUGAAACUUAAAAAUUUUGCCAAAUGACGCAAAUCAGAAAAAGUGUUCAUAAAUUCAAAGUUUUUCUGACAUUAGUCUGAUCGCAAAUGACCGCAUGUAAACAAAGCAACCAUGCAAUUAUGAAAGCACCCAGGAGAAUGUUAAAGUCUUAUGUCGUUUUCUAUUGACGAAUCUCAGAAUGAGAUUUGUGAAUUUGACAGCUGAAAGGGGGGGUGAAGAGGGGAAAUAGUCGAAAAAUCUCAGAUUUCAUGAUCUAUUUGCGUCCUGAGAUUCAAAAAAAUGACAAAAAAAUGAAUCUGAGAUUCAAGAAUCUGAUUCUGGAUUUUUAUCAAGACUCACGCAUACAAACACACGCACUUUCACACACACUCCUCUGUUUGACAUUUGUCUGAACAUUUGUUGUUGUUUUAUUUUUGUUAUACGUACAGAUUUCGCACACAAUUACAAAACUAGAUUUCAUAUUCUAUUUGCGCUGGAAAUUCUGAGAAUUUUACACAAAAAUCUGAAAAGUCAAUAGAAAACGACAUUACAAAUCAUUUUUUAGAAGGACACUGCCCCAUUUCUCGCAAAUUAUGUAUAAGAACAUUUAAAGAAAUUCAAAGUUAAAAAAAAAACUAUGUUGGCAAUCUUGUUUCUACAGCUUCAAAUAUAAUUGUAAAUGCGUGGGAUUAACUAAAAUGGGCAGUUUAUGAUAUGAAUAUAGAAAUCUGUAUCUGAAGAAAGAGAUGUCAAAUGAUUACAUCAAAGCCCCCAGAGAUAACGUCUCAUUAGAUGUGUUAAAAUUUCUUAACCGCUUUUUUAAAAUUCAAAGUAAAUAGGGGGCGCUAGAACCUUUAACCCUAAAAAGCUAACCUUAUUUUGUAGUACGUUUAGUUUAGACGAAGUGAUUUUUAAGAAAAAGUUAUUAACUAAUUUCUGUGAAGUUAAAUAAUUCAUGUUAAGUAGUUAUUUUCUUAACAGAAAAAGCAAAAAAAGGAUUUUUUUACACACGGGUUACACGAAUUUAGAAUGUAAUCGGAAGCUCCUUUUUCCGAAAAAUCAGAAAAAAUAAAAUUGGUGUUCGUCAAAUCGACGAAGGUUAGCUUUCUAGGGUUAAAAUUAUUUGUUUAACUUCGUUAAAUAACAAAAAAUUAUUUUCGUUAAAAAUAUUAUCAAAUAACUUUCGUUUUAGUUAUAAUAAUUGGGGUGAGGCUAUCCUAAUGUUAUAAAGAAAAAAAAAGACUUGUGGCACUCGAGGACUGCCGCGGUAAAGCUAUUGCAUUGCAUUUUUUAUCAACUUAUGCAAUUAUAAUUUGUUUACCUACACUACACAAAACAAAUGAUUAUAUUUUGUAUCUACCUAUCAUACUUUUUCUCUUCUCUUCUGAUUUAAUAUCGCAAGCGCAUUCCAACGCUUUAAAGCUGAAACACAAUCACGCUUUAGGGCGUCGCUUCGUUGCGUUACGUUGAGAAAUCCUCAAAGCGCGCUUCUGUCACUUUGACUUUGAACAGCUGAUUGCAACAUAAAAUCUGCUGUCAAAUAAAAAAAAACACAGUCACUCACAAAAUUAUUGGGCCAAGUCUUUAUCUUGAUUUAAUUGUGGAAAAAUGAAAAAAGUUUAAAAAAUGCAUAAAAAUUUGUUUAUUCUUUAAUCCUAUAGUAAUAAAAACAAAACCAAUCAAAAUAUAUUGUUUUUAACAAUAAAACUUAGUCUAAAACAUCAUUAAAUUUUUUUGUUUUUAAUACGUAAAUUGUUUUGAUUUAAAAUAUCUCGAUGUCGUUUUUUUGUGCAAAAUCUAUAUAGAGAAAUUAAAAAACACACAUAGUUUUGCAAUAAUUUAUUUUUUUUAAUUCACAUUUGGCGCAAUAAUAAUGUGGGUGACUGUAACUAUGUCUGUUAAAUGUCAGAAAGCGAGCAAAAGUUCAGUCUGGUUGAACUUUUGCUCGCUUUCUUACGUUUCCUUACGUUUGUCAAAUAAAGCGUACGUAAGAAAAGCGUCAUUGUGUGAGGAUACACAGAUUUCCUAUAGUUGAACUUUUCGCAGUUGUCAAAAUCGACGACAAAGCGUGAUUGUGUUUCAGCUUUUACUCCUUCACAAAUCACAAAAAGUUGAUCAAGAAAGAGAAGAAUGGGAAGAGAAAAGAAAAGAAAAUACAGAACAAUGUAUGGUCUUCUUCCUUACUCCUCUUUUUGUUGUCUAACACAAUUUAUAUAACCCUCUCUGGCUGAACCAAAACCAUUCACACAUCCAUCCAAGCUUCGUACAAUCGUAUCAUAUGCAUAUACACACAUACCAUCAUAAAUGUACUAAUUUUUCGUUACGUUUUUUCUUGGUUAGCUCCCCAUGCCAGGCCUGCGUUAAAAUCUAUGCAAUAGCUUAAAAAUUACUAUCUGUUCGCAUAUAAAAAGUGCAAUACAAAAUCGAUUUUCAAGAGUACUAUAGGUGAGGACAGGAUAUCCUAGUUUUACGGACUGUAUGACCAUAAAUAAAAGCGAAUUAAAUAUCAAACUAAAGAAUUUAUUCUUUUAAAAUAUUGAUGCGCCUUUUAUUUUACACUUCUCUACCGUUGUUUUACAAAUUAGUUUAAAUAAUUUAUAAAAUGUUAAUAUGUCUCUGAAAUGCGUUCUUCCUUUUUUUU